ACGGGGGUUGGGAUGGUGGGAGGGCGGGGCGGGAGGUGAAGGGUGAGGCGCGUGGUGGCUUGGGCGGGUGCGGGGAGGUGGUUGAGGGGACGACGGGUUUGCCCGGGAGGGCAGCGAUGGCAUCAAGAUACGCCUGGGCGCGCCCACACUUAUUGCAGGCAGCCCGGGCUGUCUUGAUGUUGUUGACAAUGCCCGUACGCCACGCAGCUCCCAGUCUACGCCACUUGUUGAGCACUCUGUCGUUUUCAAGAGUCAUGGCAAUUGUGCUUCUCUGCAGCUCCUUGACCAUGAGUGCUGAGACUUCAAGGGAUGCUGGCUCCUUUGCCCGUAUAGAGACUGGAGCAAGUCAACAUUGUGUCAGACCUUUGAUCCUCUUGCAGACACGGACAUUUACAGAGGACCAUAGCAGCUGAAGCGCUCGGUUUCUGAGUAGAGAACUGCCCGCCCUAAGUCGCUCUCAUCGUCAUCCUCGUCCAAUGUGGAUGCCCUCAUCACCUCCACAUCCUCAGCUUCAUCACUGUCAUCAUCGUUGCUGUCGUUGUUGCGAGCCUUGGGUGCGACGACGUUGAGGUGGGGAGGUGGGACGGGAGACCGG